AUGCCACAAGCAGAACAGAAGAACAAAGUGCCUGAUGCCCGAGGUAAGAAGACUGAAGAUCCAAGGCUGUCACCUACCGAACAUGAACUGCUAGAGGAGCUACUGACUUAUGAUGACCUUUUCCUGGAAUAUUUCAAUGCUUUUCUUGCUCUUCCUGCUUUCCCUCUUAGACUACAUUACGAUCAACUCACAGGACGGCUGCAGGAGCUGGAUGGUUGUCUCUUGGAGUCUGCCCGGCAGUUGGAGGAAGCUGGGUCAAGUUCUCCUUGCUAUGGAGCGACUGAUGCAGAGAGGGAAAGAAUCCUGAGCUGGCUAGCGAGGGAGCGCUUCCUCUCAUUUCAAAGGACUGUCUUUUAUUUAGAGUACAAACUGGCAAAGCUGCUGAUAUGUCCACUGGAUGAGAACUACCCAGUGAGCCGCUAUGCAGUUCGUGGGUACAGUCGCCAGUCUGACAGUGCUGCUGUUUCCAGCAUCCCCAGUCAUACAUCAACAGCUAGGCAGCUGACUGGGGUCUCAAGCCAUGUGCUACUAAGACUUCCUAGCCAAACACGGAGCACCCCAGCUUGUUUAGGCCGCUUUGCACGCUUUUCUGGCCAGAUCCCCCCUGAGAUCUCCUUGGAGUUCCCAGGCGUCUUGAGCUUGGGCCAGUCUCCAGCGGAGGAAUGUCUGAGCAAGCUACAGCUUCAGAGACUCUUGUCUGGCUCUAAUGUAGAAAGUACCAACGGAAGGCUCACGAGUAGCUGGACCCGUGCUGGUAAGCCAAUCACAUCUCCAGCUCAUCAGAGCAGACCUGCUCUCGCCUCAUCACCUGACCAAGAGUUCACUGAGCUUCAUGUGGAGGGGAGUUCUGAGAGGCCAUUCACAGGACCCAGGAAGGUUUUGCAGUUUGACCUGAAUGAGACAAGUAGACCUGAGGAAAGGCAGCAGGACUCUUGUCUUUCCCUUGGCUUUGGAAGUGCUGCCUUGCAGCAGCUGAAAGAAGACCUCCUGGGGACUAUGGCUGGUAUGGAUAGCUUCAGAGGGUUCCUCCAUGGCACUCUGGGAAUCCACCUUCUAGACUUCUGGAUUGACUGUGAAGAUUUCAUGGAGCACACCAGGCACUUGGAAGCCAGAGCUACACUCCAGGAGAUCCAGCUAUUUUUUCUCAAUGCUGUUCGGAGUAUUCAAGCCAAGUACAAGCUGACUGUACCUCCUGCCUCUCAAGAGCAGCUUGAUGACACUGUAAGCGCUGAGGAGAUGGCUUUUGCUACCUUGAGCAGGAACCAGUAUGAGGCCUUGAGACGCCUACGCUCCUACUGGGUCCCCAGAUUUCUCAUCCAUUACCAGAGGACCAGGCAGCUCAGGCUUGGGACCAAUACAGAGUUUCAAUUUAAGGAGGAGCUCCCCCUGAAAAUUGGCUUCCUGUCUUCAUUUAACAUAAUGGCAUCACUUCCUGUCAUAGAUGGCCAAAGGGGCAUGAUGACAAAAAGGAACAAAGACCGGAGAAUGCAAUUUAGGGACAGUGGAAGAGGUGGCAUUGGUUCAGCUGAGCGGCUAGACUUCCUAUCAGACUCAUUUGAAACAUUGACAACCACCCGGUUUCUCCAGGCAUUAAUGUGUGACCUGGGAGAUGGCGACAGCUUUCUUCACUACUUGACUCGGUUUCAAGAUGCUCAGAAGGUCCAUAAUCUGUUGCUGUGGAAGAACCUGAAGGCAUAUGAGGCUGCAUGGGCACGGCAAGCCAGCCAGCCUGAACUCCACCAUAUUGCUUGGCAGAUCUUCUGUAUAUUUCUGGAACCUUAUGCAGGAUGUAACAUAGGGCUUAGCUCCAGCAUGCCAGAAUACAUCCAGCAUCUCGAGAGAAUUCUCUGUUUUGACCAUGAAGACCUGAAGCUUUCCACUUUUGAACCUGUGACUCGCUAUGUGUUGGCUGCUCUUAGCGAGGUUUGGCUCCACUAUCUUCGCCAUGAAGUCACAACUUUCUUUGAAUAUUGUGUACCAGCCUCUUUAUUUGAUGCCCAAAGUAUCAGGAGCAAAGAUCCCACAGUAAAGCAGAAAGGAAAUAAGAGGAUACAACAGCACAGACAGAAUGCUUGGUUUCAUGACCCAAAAGAAAGAAGGGCAUACAGGAAAACUGGCAGGAAAAAGGCAGCUUCCAGAUCUCAUCCCAUUGGUAGUGCUGAGUCUGACCAAGAGGCCAGAGAAAGGUCACCAACCCCUCAAGAUGCAGCAGACUUGCUCAACAACACUGUGGUUUUCAAUGUUUAUAGAAAGGCAGCUCAUAAAAUGCAGGAUAUGGAACUGCAAAAGGUUCUGAGAUUGCUACAGGAAGUAGACGCCUGCCAGGAUGUCUCACAGAGCAAGAAGCAUCUGAGCUGUGCAAUGAAAAUUCUAAACAGCUGGGACCAGCCAGGGGUUCUGGGAUCAAGUGUUUGUCUCCCCAAAGAGCUGAUGAUAAAGCUAAAGGAAGAGGUGGCCCAGGGAGAAAUAAGUGACUUCAGCUUAAAUGAAAUGAGUCUUUGUUUGCGUUCCUUCAUUGCCCCUGCUUUUGAGCAGUUUUGGGAUGAGAUGAGUGAGGGGCUGAAGAAGCAUGGGGUUCAGCCCUCUGAAAUCCCAGAGGACCGCUGGAGCAAACUGGAGCCAUUUCUACAUGCGAUAGCUUCCAAAGUGGCUCUCCGUAGUUUAAAGAACCGGAAAACUAAAGUCAGAUCAGCAGCCACCGCUCAGCCUACCCGGGAAAACAAAACCUCUUUUUGGCAGUCUCUAAGGGAUGCUGCAGAAGGCUGGCCCACGACAGAGAUGCUUCAUUUCUUCAAACACCUCCAGGUACAUGGCCCUCCUGUGCUGGAGAGUGGUCUGCAUUUUCUUUUGGAGGUGCAGAAAUUCAAGAACGCCCAUCAUGCCUGGCCUGACAUGGCUCUCCUGAAGAAGAAAGUCCUAGUGAUUCGUGACUGCUUCCUUGCCUCCCAGAUUGAACCUCGGCUACAGGUGGCAGUGGAUACUCAGAGGCUGGGGAGGGCGAUCCGGGCAGCUGAGAAGGCCCUCCAGAAGGAGAUUCCCGUGCCGCCUCCCGGCUUGUUUGAUGAGCUGAAAGAUUCCGUCUUCAACAUCCUGCUGCCGUACUGGGCUGCCUUUCAAAAACACUGGCUCAAGCGGUCCCCUGCGAGUUCAGAGAAAGCCCCAGUACUGAGAAAUCAGCUGCUCCUCCAGAAGAGACAAGCCAUGCUUGAAGGGCCUUCAGGACCACCCCAGCCUCUCCGGCUGCCACCACUGCACCAGCCCAAGGGAAUCCAAGGGAGCAGGUGUCAGAAUGGUUUUACUUACACCUUCUCGAUCAAAGAAGGUCUUACUUUGCAGGAUAUGAGCAAAGGAGGCAGAAGCCACAGCAAGACUAGCUCUUCUGUGUUUGAAAACAGGAAGAGGUCAACAGGAUUCCAGUUCUGCUCUCUUUCCAACAUGCCAGUGCUAAUCUGAGACAGGAAGUAGAAAGGGCUUGUAAUCCAGAUCUCAAGACUUUCAGGAUCAAAAUUAGCUCUUGCCAGGCACAGGAUAUCUUGGACCGUUUCUGGGUGUUGUCAUGGGGUGGCUCUAGGAAGUACAUUGCCUCGAAGGGACAGCUUGCUCUCGCUCCAGAGAAGGGUCAUUGGCUGCUCCUGAUGCUUUCCAGCUCCUGCCUAUACAUAUUAAAGUCACUUGAUGGUAGCCAGCUCCUGCAUCCUUGCAGAAGUCAUCUGUUAAACAGCUGGAAGUUGCCGUUGGAUAACAGCAGUGAAAUAAUGUUAGAGGUUAAUUCUGCAAAUGAGGCUUACAAGACACAGAGCAGCUGCAGCAAAUAUGGCAUUUCCAGCCUGGAUUUUGACAGCCUAAAGACAGAUACCCAUUUGCUAUAAUUGCCUCUUGUUUCAUGAAGAACCCAUUCGUUAUCGAGCCUGCAUUUCCUUUUGGUGAGCAGAAUGGAGCUGCCAGGUUCUCAUACCCCAAUGAUUUUUUAGGCAGGGGUGGGGGGAGCCUUAAGGACAUGUAAAUAUGUGAAUGCAGCUUUAGAAGUGCUAUCUACGGCAAAACAUUAUUGGCUAGCGGCCAGUGUAAGCAGAAACUAUAUAUGGUACAAAUGGAGCUGAACCAAUGACAGAUGUAGUCAGUUUAAACUUAUCCAAGCAUACCAUCAGAACCUUGUCAGAUAGUCACGGGGUAGUGAAGGUGAGUUCUGAUUACUUUGUACAAUUAACGUGCCUUUUUUCUUGUCGGUUCUCUGCAGUUCUAUAUUUUAUCCACCUGUUGCAUUCCUUUCUAAAAGGAAACACAGAGCCUACAGCAUCUGAUUAUGUGUAUGUGUUACAUACUACAGGCAAUGAGAUACUGUAACUAUUCAGAUUUUAAGCCCCAUGCCAGUGAAAAUGUUAUGUAUAGCACACAGCACACACUAUUGGGGCAAAAAUAAAGAUUAAGUAGCAGCAA